UCUCCUUCUGCGCUCACGCGGCGAGCCUGUGGGAAGGCCCCGCGCGGCUCGCGUUCCUGCACCUGCUCCGAGGCGGUCCACCUGGAUUCUGCCGGUGGCAGGAGAAGGAGCAGGUGCGCUGCGCACGGCGGCCGCUGAUUGGUCGUGCGCGCCACGGUGAAAAACUUGAGCGUCUCCCCCGAGUCCUGCGGCUCCGAGCGUCUCCGCGGGGUGGACGCCCGGCGCACGGCCGUUACUUCUCUUUCACCUGUGCAUUCGUCAGUUUCUCGUCCGUUUCAGGAGGCGAUCCCGCGCCCUGGGUGCGCUGAGGCCUCCGGGGCCGCGGAGGCGCCUCCCCUCGGCGAGCGGGGAAGAUGAGCGGCGGCAGCGCCAGGUCCAGCCACCUGUCGCAGCCCGUGGUGAAGAGCGUGCUGGUGUACCGCAACGGGGACCCCUUCUUCGCGGGGCGCCGCGUCGUCAUCCAUGAGAAGAAGGUGUCCAGCUUCGACGUCUUCCUCCAGGAGGUGACCGGCGGCGUCCGGGCGCCCUUCGGGGCGGUCAGGAACAUCUACACCCCGCGGACCGGCCACCGCAUCCGGAAGCUAGACCAGAUCCAGAGCGGGGGCAACUACGUGGCUGGAGGCCGGGAAGCCUUCAAGAAACUCAAUUACUUGGACAUAGGAGAAAUCAAGAAAAGACCAAUGGAAGUUGUUAAUACAGAGGUAAAACCAGUAAUCCACAGCAGGAUCAAUGUGUCAGCUCGCUUUAGAAAACCACUUCAGGAGCCCUGCACUAUCUUCUUGAUUGCAAAUGGAGACCUGAUAAACCCAGCUGCUCGCCUCCUUAUCCCCAGGAAAGCCUUGAAUCAGUGGGAUCAUAUACUACAAAUGGUCACAGAAAAAAUCACUCUGAGGAACGGUGCUGUUCACAGGCUUUACACUUUAGAAGGAAAACUUGUUGAGAGUGGAGCAGAAUUGGAGAAUGGGCAGUUUUAUGUGGCUGUCGGCAGAGAUAAGUUUAAGAAACUUCCUUACAGUGAGUUACUUUUUGUUAAGUCAACAGUGAGAAGGCCUUAUGGUCAGAAAGCUUCUUCACUGCCUCCUAUUGUAGGAUCCAGAAAGUCUAAAGGGAGUGGAAAUGAUCGCCAAUCUAAGUCAACAGUUGGAUCCAGUGACAACGUAUCUCCUCAGCCCUUGAAGAGGAAAGGGAAAAAAGAAGAGGUAAAUUCAGAAAAACUGACGAAAGUGAAACAAAAUUUCAAGUUAAAGAAUUCACAAGAAACCAUUCCAAACAGUGAUGAAGGCAUUUUCAAAGCUGGAGCAGAGAGGUCUGAAACACGGGGGGCAGCAGAAGUCCAAGAAGAUGAAGAUACUCAAAUUGAGGUUCCGCUUGAUCAGAGGCCAGCAGAAAUAGUAGAUGAGGAAGAAGAUGGAGAGAAGGCAAAUAAGGAUGCAGAACAGAACGAAGACUUUUCGGGAGUGAAUGGCGACCUUGAAGAGGAGGGAGGUGGGGAGGCCACAGAUGCCCCUCAGCAAGGCGAGGAGACUCUGGAUCUCGGUGAGGAGCGGGCAGGCCCUGCUCCUGUCAGUGGAGUCACUGAUGAAGAAAAUGGUGAGGAGCUAGAGCAGGUUAAUAAUGAGCUUCACCUGGCCCCAGAAGAGGAAAGAAUGUCUCAAGGGGAUGGCAGUGAACCAGAUGAGGCUGAUUUAGACCCUCGAAGACCACCAAGGCCAGAAGUAAAAAUUACUAGUCCACAAGAAAAUGAAAACAACGAACAAAACAAGGACUAUGCUGCUGUGGCAUAGAAGAUUUUUUAAAAGGGUGUAUGGAUUGCAAGAAAAAUGAAGGGUUAUGAUACUUGAAAGAUAAGCACAUACUUAUUGCUGAAUAUAAUGUGACACUACGAUCGAAUACUACCUACUGAAUUUUAACAUUAGGAUCCUAGUGGAAGACUAGAUAACUUUUAAUGGCUACUAAUGCAGAAUUAUUUUUAUUGCAUGUGCUUUAAAAAGUCAUAUAGAAAUACCAGAUAAGAGGGGACAGAGGAGAAUUUGCAAUGGAAGACAAUUUGCCACUUAUAUUUGUAAAGGAUAAAAAAAUAGGAUCACUCUUACUGUACACAUUAUUAUACAUUUAGAAGGCAGCUUAUUCUAAAGAAUUUUUUCAUCUAGAAGACAUAGAAUUUUAAAGAACUGGUAAUAGGAAAGGAUACACUGUUUUCUUAAAGCAAUAAACUCUUGAAUGAACAAA